AUGGUAGCUGAGUGGAAGGAGUUUCUUUGGGACGUUCCAGAAGAGAGAAUUGCUUUAUGGGGCCCAUUGCCAAACUUGUUCCAGAUAUUCCUUCCCUGCUUUACAGGCUGGUUAUUUUUUCCCUCAAACAUGCAGAAGCUUUGGAAAAGGAUCUUCCAGCUAGGGAGCUUCAUGAGCUCUUGCUGCUUUCUCUACAAUGUUAAUGGGAUGAUAACCCUGGCGAGUCCUGGUUGGACCUGCAGAGCUGGAAAGGCUGUUCUUUCUUUAUUGGAAUUUGGACAAAUAGCAGCUGCAAAGCAACUCCAGCAUAAGCUAUCUCCAGUUAAAGUACCAUCUGAAUUUGUACUUGUGGAUGCUGCAUUGAAGCUUGCAGCUAUGUCACUCCAAUUAUCCCAUCUUGUCUCUGUUACUUGUCUAAUGCACUUUAUUCCUUAUAUUUACGUGAUAUUUGAUAUGAAGGUUUUGGAGAGUCUGGCAACAAAUUUUACUGAAGGUUGUGGGCGUGGACUAUGCAAGAGGAUAAUAGCAGUCGUCCAAAGCAGCAGCCAUCUUAGGUAUUUCAUUUUCGAGGCAUUUGAUAAGCAGCCAAUUGAAUUGCUACAGCUGCUUUCCCUUAAAGCACAAGAAUCAUUUGAGGAGGCACAUCUCCUUGUGAGAACUCAUUCAAUGCCGCAGCCAGUAUUGCUCAAAUUCUUUCAGAAUCCUUUCUAA